GUAAACAGCAAAAAUAUCCUUUAUAAAAAUUUUAAACUUAUCGGAUGUUUGAUUUUUCAAAUUCCUUUCAAAUGACUAAUUACAAUGAGUUCGAUAAAAAAAGAAUCAUCGAUGUUGAAAAGCUUUCUCUAAUGCGUAAGUACUUUGCCUCACCCUUAGGGGUAACGCUUCGACCACAGUAAUUUGUCUUAACUUCAAUUUUUUCAGAAUCAUUUCUUCAAAAACCACAACUACUUCUUUAGUGAAAUUAUGCUCUUCUGGAUUUAUGUUUUAAAUGUUUGUCAAUUCCUUUCUCUAAGUAGGCAGAAUGGAGCUUCUAUUCUUGGCGAGUUUUCUGGGCUGCACUGAAUUAACUCCAUUUAUCCGCCUCGCUUAAUUGAAGAAUAAUUAUAGGAUUCAAAAUAUAUAUGGCAACAUCUCAGUUCAACGGUCCGACUUCCACUUAAAACACUUGAACAAUAUUGGUAGCUAUUGGUUUAAUCUAUUUCCUCCACCUCUAAGAUUACCAGUUGUUUGGGUACGUUAUAUAAAUAAAUGAUUCAGCGAAAAAACGUUCAAAGACACGCCACUAUCAAGCAAGAACGAAGUUCAUGAAAGGGGGAAAACACACCGUCAAUCGUCAGUCUUUCUACCGUGUGAUGAAGGCCAUUCUUUGUUUCGCUUUUAUCAGCCUGCUGGUAUUAAGUAUUACUCCGCAUGCCGUGGAAAUGCGUAGGAUCAAUAAUACACCCUUUAAGUGGAGCAACCGUUUGCCAUCGCAGUGGAAAAAGAGAGAGUUCACGAACGAACAUCACAACAAGCUGGACACAGGCUUUCAGAGGAGGUACAUGUUUUCUCUUUUAAUCUGAGAUUUUGAGAUUUUUAUUCUUAGCGUUUUCCAAGCAUCUCAAGUGUACGAUACUGUCUUCAAUGAAUGUGUCAGCUAGAAUAAGAGAUUUUCUUAUCUUUUCUAACAUCUCUAUCCAUGUGAAGCGCAGUGAAGUCAGAAAUGCGCUCGAUCAGAACUUCUGCAUUAUCAUAAUUAUGAAGGGCUUCCUAAGAACAGUGCGCGGAGACAGUUAUGCGGCAAAUUUGAUCGGCCAACCUGGGAGAAGACUAAAAAACUCACUAAGGGAGGGGCUGCCAAAACCCAGCCUGCCUUCCCUUCCAAGCUUCCAAGCUUUCCUCCCCCCUCAUUGUUCAUCUAAAAAUCCAAUCUUCAGUUCACCGACAGUCCGCAUGGAGACCCAAAGAUUUAUGCACAAAAGUGAGGGGUUGCGUCGACCGUCUAACUAAACAAAUAUGGGUUGAGAGGGGAGGGUGGGUAAGGCGUUCAUCGAUCGGGAGAGAACCCCUCGGGAAAAUAAAGAUUGUAAGAGGUCGAGAAAUUAUAAACUGUAAUAUCACUUGAAGAGAUCCAAUUGAUCUUUUUUCCCCUUCAUUUGUCUCCUCAGUGAUGAACUUUCCAGACUGGAUAAAGUGGAAGGAAACACUUUUGGGCGGCCACAAUUCCCUCGACCCGGGAAGAGACAGAUCCAUCCAGCGUAACUGUGGACUACGAUGAAUAACUUCAAAACUCCAGUAGAGAGCCUUGUAGGAUCUAGCAAUUAUAGAAUUUAUGAAGCGUAGUGUGUUAUGUUACCUUUGUCUGUUUUUUUUAAUCCUAGACUGAUAACGGCAAUUUUGCCAUGGACUGAUUUUGUUGUAGAGAACAUUAUUGAUUUGUUUCUGUUAGUUGCAUGCUCCAAUUAAGAUAGGGCUCCCGUUACGCUGUCGACUUUCAGCUCCAUAAAAUUAAAACCUUGGUUUCAUGUACUAUGUGGUUGACCAAUCAGCUUCUGAAUAAAGGGG